AAGUGAUUUAGAAAAAUUAACUGAAAAGGAAGCGAAAAUAAAUGAUUUAUUGACCCAAAUUAAAACCUUACAAGAAAAAGUGAAGGAGGAGAAAAUUUCUCCUUUAUCCAAAACUCAAGAAGAACUAAAUGACAAAGAAGAAAAAUUUAACAAAUUAGAGUCUGAAAUUAAGGAACUACGAAAGAAAGAGGAUGAGUUAGAAGAUGAAAUUUCUGAUUUGAAAAAACAGAUAAGAAAAGCUAAUAAUGAUCAGGAAAAAAAAACACUAGAAGAAAAACUGGAAGAUGUCAAUAAAGAACUAGAAAGAACUCAGGAUAAAUUAAAAGUUAGCGAAGAAACCCGUGGCAAAUUGCGAAACGAAAUGAAUACUUUACGGGAUAAGUUAAAAGAGUUACAAUCAGCCAAAGGUAAUGAACUAGAUAGGUUAAGUUAUGAAAAUAAUCAACUUACUCUUGAUUUGAAUGUCGCAAAAGAAAAAAUAAGGAAAUUAGAAAAUUCGGAAAGAAGUUCUGAACAAAUAAAAGAAUUGCAAGAGAAAAACAAUUCCCUUACUAAGCAACUAGAAGAAACAAGAUCUGAAUUAUCAUUUUUAAAAAUAACAAACUCUCUUAAUGAGAGCAAAGACAAAGAAGUUGGUGAAAUGGCAAGUGAAUUAUCUGACUCCAAUAAAAAAUUAGAAGAAGGCAAAGAGGAAAAAACAAAGUUAGAAAAAGAAGUUGGUGACAAAGAAAAACAAAAGCAAACUUUAGAAAAUGAGGGGAAGAUUAAUAGCGAGGAAUACAAAAAAUUAUUGUCAGAACUUGAAGAACUAAGAAAAAAAUUAGCAAGCAUCGAUCAAGAAAUUGAGAAAUCAAGGAGACAAAAUGAAAACUUAAAAGAGCAACUCAAUGCUAGUUAUCAGAGUUUACAAGAAGAAAUUGAAGAAAAGAAGGAACAAUUAAGAGAAGCAAAAAAUAAUUGCCUAAAAAAAAUGGAAAGAAAUCAAUCCUGGCGUGAUUUUGUGAAAAAUUCAUUGGGUGAUACUAAUGAUGCUGAUAAAGUAGAAACACUUUUAAAAGCUCAAAAAGAAAUAACGAGGGAUAGUAAUGAUAAAUUUGCCACUGACGAAAAAAAAAGAAUUAUUGAGUCAACACCAAAAGAACUAACUGGGGAAUUAAAUGCACUAUGUGUUCUUCAAGAUUAUCUUACCCAAUUAGAAAUAAAAAAGGAAAAUUUUGAAAAGGCUGGUCAGGCUCUCAAAACUGUGUUAAUAGCACCAGUUAUCCCUCCUCAUUUACGCAACAAAGAAAGCGACAUUGAGGAUAGAAAUGAUAUUGAAAAUAAUGUCAACUAUAAUAAAAUAUUCUCGGAAUCAAGAGAAUUUAUCUUACAGAAAAAUCAUAAAACAGAAAAACUCCCUACCAGACUUUAUAACAUUCAGGAAAACAGAGUAGUGGAAACAAAAAAUAAUACUGAUAUUAGAGACAACAAAGAUAAAAAUCAAGAGGUUCCGAAAAUGAGGCAAUAUUAUUUCAACAGUGCGGUGACAUUAAUCUCAAUAAAUAGAAGCCUUGGUGAUGAAGAAAUUACGGAGAAAGGAGUGGAAUCAGAAAAGCCAGCCUAUACAGAUACCGCCCAUUACAAAAGUAUUCUUGAUGAAGGUUCCCAGAAAAUCGCUACGCCACUUGGUUGGGUAAACUAUAAAGAUGGCUAUAAUGAAGAAGAUAGAAUAUCAUUUACACUUAACCAAGCCUUACGAGCUAUCAAAAAUCGUGGUCGUGGAGUGUCUAUUGAUGGCAUUUAUUCGAUAUUAGGUUUAUUGCCUUAUGGAGAUAAAAAAGAUUUAGAAAAAGCAUUGUUUGAUAUCAUGCUCGCUGCAAUAAAAGAAGGGGGUCGUGAAGAUGAUAGUGGUUAUCCAAGAAAAACAAAAGGGGGGACAAGUAUUGAAGGGGGAAUAAAUAUUAUCCAUAAACAGUUUGAAGAAGUUGACUCUAAUUCAGAUAUUAAGAUUACUGUCUCCAAAUGUGUUAUAGAGGAAAUACAUGGAGGUUCAAACCGCAAGGAAGAAAAAAAUAAAGGCACAGUAAUAGAUAGUGGUGCUUGUACUGGAAAUGUUUUGAUAGCUCCUGCUUCCGAUGAUGAUCAGAAAGCGAUGGAAAUAAGAUUAUUAGUAAGAAAAAACGAAGAUAAAGAUAUUUAUCAAAGAAUAGGUUUAGCAGAGACAAGUAAGGAAGAUUGGGAAAAAUUACAAGAAGUAGGAAAGAAAGAAAAAUUAAUAAUUAAAAUUGAUGAAGAGCAAGUACAGAUUCAGUUGCGAAUUUUAGCCGCCCAAACCAAAGUGGAGAACGAAUUAAAAACUCAUGAAAGUAAUUGUUCCCAUAAGAAUAACUCCGAAGCAAGGAAAAAAGUCAAACAGGAUGGUUGGGAACAAGUUAAAAAAUCUACAACUCCCCGGGCUGACUUGGCUUACCAUGAAGAAUACGAAUGUGGCCAGGAAGUAACGAAAAAAAUUGCUAUUUACUUCUCCCCUAACCAAGGCGGCCACGAACACGCGGAUUUAACUUACGCAGGAAAAAUUAAGAAAGAGGAAUUAACUCUAGAAAAGGAUAAUCAAGGUGAGAUUUAUCAAGAAAAGACUGGUGAUA